AUGUAUCCAACGGGGAGAACAUGUUUAUUAAUAUUCUUAGUUUUACAUCAGAAUGUUUUCGGAGAUGAUCGGGCACAAGAUGAGAGGGAGCUAAAACUGCAGAGGGGAUACCCACUGGACUCCUUACUUAACUUCACCGAGUUAGCCACCGAAUAUGGUUAUUCCGCUGAACAGCACGAGGUGGUCACCGAAGAUGGGUACAUUCUGACAAUGUUUAGGAUAACAAGGGGCAAAAAAUGUCAAGGCCCGAUCAGGAAUCCUCCAGUCUUGCUGAUGCACGGCUUACUAAUGAGCUCCGACAGCUGGAUGGAUUCCGGCCCGAAGGCUGGACUAGCGUAUCUCGUGGCCGACCUCUGCUACGACCUUUGGGCCCCCAACGUGAGAGGCAAUUACUACUCGAAGAAACACAUAAAGCUGGAUCCAGCGAAGGACCCCGCCUUUUGGGACUUUUCCAAUCUCGAGUUCGGCUACUACGACAUACCCGCCUCGAUCGACUACAUACUUAACUACACGAUGUCCGACAAGAUAAACUACAUCGGCUUCUCGCAAGGCGGCAGCACCUUCCUCAUAAUGAACUCGGAAAGACCGGAGUAUAACGACAAGGUCGGAGUCGGUAUACUCUUGGAGCCGGGCUCGAGGCAUACUUACACCAGGUCGCAGCUCUUCAGACUACUCGGCGACACGUACGAGGUCAAUUUACCCGUAUUCUAUCAGACCGGCCACUAUGAGGCGUUGCCUUUGGGCGGAUUCGUACAGGAGGCCGCCUCGUAUAUCUGCAAGGACUACCUCUUAGCGGACACCGUGUGCAGGUUCGUGCUGAGCCUGAUCGACUCCUUCCACCCGGGAUCGGUCCUGACGCAGACGAUCCGGGUGCUCCUGGGCCAUUUCCCGGCCGGGACGUCCGUGAAGACCAUGGCCUGGUACGGCCAGGCGUUGAACGCGGACGUAUUCCAGAACUUCGACUACGGCGCGUCCAGGAACCUGCAGGUGUACGGCACCGCGCAGCCGCCUGCGUUCAACAUGAGCGCCGUGACUGUGCCAGUCGUCGUCAUCCACGGACGUAACGACUUCCUCACCUCCCCAGCGGACGUCGAAUGGAUCACCAGCCAGAUACCGCAUGUGCUGGAGCAAUAUUACGUGGCGGACCCCCUGUGGGACCACUUCGACGUGACCUACAGCCAGUUCACCGGCAGAUCUAUCCUGCCCAAAAUAAGCGAAUACUUAUCCAAAUUCAGCGAAGUAUCUUCCGAAGAU